UCAGCUGUUUGGGUAACAGGAAGUGACGAAAUUGCACUAGAAUCAAGUCGCUUUAUAGAGGUCGGCGGAUUGUUGGAGAACAUUAGCGACAGCCCAAUUUCAGUGAUAAAGAUUCACACAUAUACAUCUCUGUCUUUCACAUAGGGAAGUUACUCUGAUCACCUGAGACUGUUUUAUAAACAGACAGACCUCGGACCAAACAGAAUAACCCCUGCUGGAAUAGUAUUUCAAAUAAAGAAACUCGACCUCAUCACUGGGAUACACAGCGGAGGUCCAAAUAAAGCACCGGGAUAAGGACACUUGUCUUCGUUACAUAAGGGCCACUGCUGAAAAUUUGUCAACCAGUGGGGUGGAAAACCAAAACCUGAGCCAUGGGGGAUUAUUACGAGAUCCUGGGUGUGACGAAAAAUGCAUCCCAUGAUGAUAUAAAGAAAGCGUACAGAAAACAAGCACUAAAGUGGCAUCCAGACAAAAACCCAGACAUAAAAGAAGAGGCAGAGAUCAGGUUUAAAGAGAUCUCAGAAGCAUAUGAAGUCCUGUCAGAUGAAAACAAACGGAGACAGUAUGAUAGAUAUGGUAAAGAAGGCCUCUCUAAUAGAGGUGGUCAUUAUGACGAGGAUUUCAUGGGCGGAUUCACAUUCCGUAAUCCAGAAGAUGUCUUCAGGGAAUUCUUUGGAGGCCGAGAUCCAUUUGCAGAUUUUGCAGAUUUCUUUGCUGAUGACCCCUUUGAAGAUUUCUUUGGUGGUGGGCGGCGUCAUAGGGGUGUGAGCAGGAGCAGGACGACAGGUUCAUUCUUUCCCGGAUUUUCUCCAUUCGGUCCCGCCUUUUCUGGGUUUGGCACAGGAUUCACCCCAUUCGGCCCAAUGGGUGGGGGUGGUUUCACCUCAUUUUCCUCCUCUUCAUUUGGUGGUGGAGGUGGAAUGGGAAACUUCCGCUCUGUCUCCACAUCCACCAAAUUCGUCAAUGGAAGGAGAAUCACCACCAAACGCAUUGUAGAGAACGGUCAAGAGAGAGUGGAGGUAGAGGAGGACGGUCAGCUCAGAUCUCUCACAGUCAAUGGUAUUUCUGAUGACAAUGCAUUGGAGGAAAGCCGCAGACAGAACGCUCUCUCUAGCACUGCCCCACACAACCGGUACCUCCGAAAUGUGGCCCAGAACCCUUCGGAGGAGGAGGAGGUGGAGGACAGAGGCCUGCAGAAUCUGGGACUUGCCAAAGGGUUUUUUGACACCAGGAGAAAGAAGCUAUUGUUGAAGGAGUCCGACACUAAAAAGAAGCGGAUGCCAAGACUGGCUCCUCGGAUUGGGGUGUGGUUCUAACAGUUGUUACUAUAUACAGUAUAUUUUUUGUGUGUUGUCUUUACUGUUCAUUUUCUAAAAACUGAGGGGAUAUAAAGACAUUAAAUACUGUCACACAAAUUAUUCAAAUUAUUCUUUUUAAAUAGCACACAUAGAAAGUUUCUUCCUAAAUGUUCUCCUUUGACAUGUUGCAUUCACGUAGUGUUGUCAAAGUCUGUACGACCCACUAUAAAAGUCAUGGUAACAUCUGCUUAUUGUAACUAUUGUAACCUUUUUUUUUUUCCCUUUCAUUUCACAAACUCAUGAUAUUCCCACAUCCAUCACCAUGCAUAUGCUACAAAAAUCUUUCAUUAUCCUGAUCUGAUGUAUAAAAAACAAUCACACUCAUAUAGAAGGACACCCCCCUCCAUUGCUGUGGUGUUGAAAACGGCAGUUCAAGAAGGAGCCUAAAGACAUCACUCAUUGGAUAAUUAAACCCAACUGAAAUACAUUUAUUCAUGUUUUUAAACAUUAAACAGAUCUCUUCAUUAUUCUGUAAAGUAUGUUAAAUUUACUUGCAAGACUGUUUUCAACACUUUGAUAUAUUUUUGAUGAAGAAAAUAAUUCAUUAUAAACAUAAAAGUGAGGCACUUUAAAGUUUGUGAGUUUGUGUGCAUUUUGUAUUAAAUGAUGGAGUGCAAACUCAGGAUUGACAUGAUAUUUAAAAGAUGCUUGAAAGAUUAACCAUGGAAGAGACAAAAAGAGACAGGAUGAUGAGAGAAGACAGAACAGGUCAGACUAAGGUACUGAGGAAAGUGGGAGGGACCAGGAAGAGAAAGAGGGGCAAAGGAUUUUUAAAUUAUUAAUUUACCAAUGUGAGAGAACACGUUUUCACCAGUCUGCCUUUUGAUCCAGUCUUAAGCACUGUAUGAAUAUUUCAGAAAAUACUCCAGAUGUGGGAUGUCCUUCCAGAACUGGGAGCAUGGCUUUAAUUUUUCUCCAACUACUGCAUGUAUGCGUUUCAUUUUGUUUUUCGAUAUUGAAAAGAGACUUAAAUCUUUGCAAAAUCGUAGUUUCUAUAUUAAAAAGCUACAUAGACACAUUUUUAGUAAUACAUAUUAAAAAGCUUCUACUCUGAUAUGUUAUAGUACUUUUUUUGCUGAUGCCUAAUGAAUAUGUAUUAUUUGUUGAUACAUAUUUAUGCUGUUAAUUGGUAUUGGUGUAAACUGAGGCAUUUUUAAUCAAGUGCUGUUAUUUUCAAAGCCAUGAAUGUCUGUUCAUGCUGUACUGCAAUAACUAAUAAAUUGUGUUGUGGGGGAAAAACACUCAAAACAAAAAUAUUUUAACCAUACUAGAAAAUCGCUUGCCGUUUACUUACAGCUGUGAAGGUUUUACUUUGUAAUAUUGACAAAAAGGCUUAUUUCUGAUGUGUGUAUGUCUGGUUGUUUCUUUUUUCUUUUUUAACAUACACAAAUAAAGCAUUUUUGUAUGUUC